AUGGACGACUAUGAUACAGAAGCAGAUGUGCCAAGGACAGACAAAAGGUACAUUUCCUACCUUCCAAUCGUUUUAGAAAAUAUGAUUAAAAUAAACAGAGGAAAAGGAAAAAUCACCAGCUUCCAUGCAUCCAAAGUACCAGACAUAUCAAUUAAAAAUUAUGUGGAACGAAUUGGAAAAUACACAGGAUGCAGCAAUGAAUGUUUUGUCCUUCUAAUGAUAUACCUAGACAGAAUUGUUAAAAUAAAUUCAGAUAUUACUUUGUCUCUUCUCUGCAUCCAUAGAUUGCUUAUAACGGCCAUAAUGAUUGCUGCGAAAUUUUUCGAUGACUUAUACUACUCCAAUGCCUUUUAUGCCAAGGUCGGAGGAGUUUCUACUGAAGAGAUUAACAAACUCGAGGGUACCUUUCUCCACCUCAUCGAUUAUAAUUUGUUUGUGUCAUCAGAGGAGUAUAAUCUAUAUAGACACUCCAUAUCCUUGGCCGUCGAGCGCUACUUACGCAGAACCCAUGUUCGGGGCCAAGUCGGAAUAGGGACAGAUAAUAAGAAGGCGGGACGCACCCACGGAGGGAACCAUCAUGGGGCCAAAUGUCCUAGUAAAUGCACAAACCGUCCAGCCCCCGUUGUGAAACCCUAUAAUUUGUUUAACUACACCACUCCACACAGAACAAACAUUAUGUUCCUCAAGCCCGCGAAUGAUGCUCACAAUUUUCAGACUCCGCGCGGGGGGUAG